AUGUUCCAUGCUGACUCUCAAUUGAUGCAGACAGAAAAUACAGCAUUGCUGGAUUCCAUUUCUCCUUUCCAUUCUCCGCUAGGAUCGCCGGUAAGGUCACCUUUGGGAUCACCGGUAAAUGGCUUCUAUCCUUUAAGUCCCCGGGCUCUCUUAGCAGUCCCGGAACUAGACCUGUCUAAAGCCCAGGAGCAGCGAAAAUCUAAAGCCCAGGAGCAGCGAAACUCCAAAGUGCAAGAGCAGCGAAACUCCAAAUCUGAGUUAGCUGCAGUAUUUCGCUCGCCUAGAGAGUCUAUAUUCUCGUCCGGAACGUACCCUAAAUCCAUUCUCGAUGCUUACAAUGAUGAAUCGUGUUCUGAGAUUUACAAAGAAGACGAACCUAAUAUACCGAAAGAAGAAGACGCUCCAGAAUGUGCGGCAAACACUACCUCGACCCUUACUCUCACAUUCGGAAAGCGCUUCAGAAUGAGCAUGUCUCUAAAGACGCGAGAAAUUGCGCUUAUACGAAACUCUUGGUCAAUUUUGCUUGACAACGAAUGCCCAAAAGAGAAGUAUGACACUUUUGUCACAAGCUAUCUCCAGAAACGCAAAAGAAGCUUUUCUAAAGAUGGGCCCAGUUCGGAGACGGACUCCAAACCGAUCAUCAAAGCUGCAAAUAAUAGUACACACCCAAUACUCAAUGAAGAUACGACAUCGGGGGCAUUAUUCGGUUCCCAGUUUCUGGCAAACAUUUUGGACCUAGCCCCUCAAAUUGAAAAAGAUUUUCCUACCAUAACCCAUGCCGCCGCUGGCGUUACUGGGGUACUGACACUUGCCAUCAAUAACCUGGAAGAUCUCUCGGUACUGGAUGACUUUUUGUGUGGCCUUGGCAAACGUCAUGCCAGGAUUCUUGGCGUUUACGCCGAGCAUUUCAAACUGGCUGGUGCUGGAUUUUUAAAGACUCUCCGUGACCGUUUCGGUUUCAAUACAACGAAAGACCUUGAAGAAGUUUGGUCAAGAUUAUACCUAUACCUCGCCAACAGCAUGCUGCAGUUUGGGAUAGACCCAGUGAUGGAUGAAAACGUCCCACCUGCUCUGGCAUUAGAGAUGCCUGCGGUCAUUGAAAGGCAGACAUCUCGAGAAAGUUUUGGGUCAUCUUCAAGAAGCGAUUCUGAAAUAUCGUUCGAUCCCUUUUCUACGAGAACCGGGAGCUCAUCUGAUAGAAGCAACUACACUAUCAAUACCUCUUCGAAGCUUUCUUUUGAAGGAAAUAGUUCAAGAUCAUUCAAACGUAGAAACGAGGGUUCUUCAAGGCAAACUCCAAAGUCUGUACGAGGAGGUGGGUCGUCGUCCAUAAAACCAGGAGGGAAAUGGGUACCGGUUACCACACUUCCCAUGGUUAUAGUGGAAGAGAGUUCUUCCCAGAGCAGAUCUGUGAGGGGAGGUGGUGCAUCAAAGACAUUAGUCCGCCGUGCGGACGGAGCAUCGAGUAAUACUCCGAAUGAAGCUGCCCUGCUAGCCGCUACCUUGCGCGAGCGAGAAUUGCGUACGGAAGCGAUGCGGCAAUACGCAGCAAGGUCUGGUGGUGCGAGAGGCGGCGGGGGGGAUUGCGCCAUCAUGUAG